UUGGUCUCACUCAGUCACUCGUUCAAUCUACCUCUCUUUCGCAGAGACACCGGCUGCGAAAGCAACGUGGUCACGAAGACGUUUGAUGUGGCCAAAUCGAAAAAACCCCGUAGUAGUGAUGUUCAUGCGGAUGAUUACGGAUUUUUAAAUGAUCUGAAAAUGAUCGAGGCACAUCGGAAACCACGUUCGUCACCGGACAUUAUUUUGUCGUUGCAGAAUGACUUGAGUAAACCGGUUACUCAAGAUCUGAUUCGACAGAUGCUAGCUGCCGAACAAAGCAACUCUAAAAAGGCGGGAAUUCUAAAAUCUUCUUUAUCCGAGAAACGGUUAAAACCCACACCCGGGUAUUUGAUCAGUCGCUGCAGUCGUAUGGUCCCAAUUCUAUGGACUGGUGCGGAUGGUCGAUUAGAUGCUCUCAUUGUGGUGCGACAGUGGGACGCGACUCGAAGUUCUGCUGUGGUUGUGGCGCAUCGAUAG